AUGGCGGACAAUCGCUCGAAGCAACAGCUCAUCAACCGCCGUACGACCCUCAUCGCAGCACUGGGACGAGCUGAGCAGUUCGUCGAGAAGUACGAGGCGGAACGGGACCAAGGCCAGGUGAAACUGCGACUCGAGAACCUCGAUACCGUGUGGAUAGGAUUGGAGGAUGUGCAGACCCAGCUCGAGGACAUGGAAGUAACCAAUCAAGGUAUGGCACAGAACCUAGCUUUCCGUUCCCACAACGAAACCCGCUACUUCCAAAUCAAGGCUGCUCUCCAAUCUUUCCUCCCCAAAGUACCUACAUCCACUAGCGCAAUUCCCCAAUCGUCUCUUUCCGGGCUCUCCGGUAUCAAAUUGCCAACCAUCACCUUGCCGGAAUUCGACGGCGAUUAUAAUAAUUGGCUAGCAUUCCACGGCACCUUCGUCGCCCUUAUCCAUUCUAAUCCCGAAGUUCACGACAUUCAGAAAUUCCACUACCUCCGCGCUGCUCUGAAAGGAGAAGCAGCUCAACUCAUUGAGUCGAUCGGUAUCAGCUCCGCCAACUACACCAUUGCAUGGCAAGCACUCGUCUCUCGCUAUGCUAACGACUACCUUCUGAAGAAACGUCACCUACAAGCCCUUCUCGACUGCCCCCGAAUGAAGAAAGAAUCCGCCGCCGCACUGCAUUCCGUCGUUGACGAGUAUGAGCGCCACACCAAAACCCUCCGCCAACUUGGUGAGCCAAUCGACUCGUGGAGCACUAUGUUGGAGCAUCUUCUAUGCCUCCGACUCGACGACGCUACACAAAAGGCUUGGGAAGACUUCGCUACAACCACCGACAACCCCGACUAUGCUUGUCUUAUCGAGUUCCUCCAACGUCGCAUCAGGGUGCUGGAAUCCAUGUCUGUGAACCACCAAGCACAGCCAGCAUCGAAUCACCAACCACCAAUGUUUCGUCGUCAAUCGUUCCACAAAACCGUUUCCCAUGCUGUAACCGAAGCCACCCCUCGAAAAUGCCACUCCUGCGAUCAACAUCACCCACUCUUUCAAUGCCCGAAAUUCGAGAAAAUGUCCACUGCCGAACGACUGCAAGUUGUGAAUGAACACCAUCUCUGCCACAAUUGUUUUCGCCAAGACCACCUCGCUCGCAAUUGUCAGUCGAAAUUCUCCUGCCGUCACUGCAAAAAACGACACCAUUCAUUGCUCCACCCCGGCUACCACCCACUCAACGCCGAUCAAUCGUCCACCUCGUCUAACACAGCAUCAGGCUCAACGAAGCCCAUCACGAAGCAGGUAGCCAUAACAAUCAACAGCAAACGAUCACCCACAUCCACGAAUACUGUCACUACUCAAACAACCAAUUCGUCCCAAACAUCGAACGCGAAUGUUUUGUUGUCGACGGUCGUGUUGAUGGUAAUUGAUUGCAAUGGGCAAGCGCAUCCCGCCUGA